GGUCUCCCCUGACAAAUCAUCAAUGGCCAGGAACCUUUAGCAGACACACUCUAUUGCUCCCACCCACACACAUUUUACAGAAGUCAAAAGUUCCUUUUUCACUUUACAGUCAAACAGCGGGCCUUGUUUAUUUCAUUUUAUUUGACCCAGCUGAAAGCCUCCGAGAGUAGCUCAGGUCAUAAGUGUGUGCUAUACAGUAAGAGAGAGGGACACAUUUUUUGUUUUUUCGUUGAGCGAGAGGAAAUUUUGAAACAUUGUGCAAUGGUGCCGCAAAAGUUUUGAAAGGUUGUGAGAACGUUUUUGCUUGCAAAGCGUCUGAGAGUCGGUCCGUUGGAGAAGAGGUCUCCAUGUUGCAUCCAUACAGAAUGGAGAGCUAUCUCAUCCCGCCUCACUCAGAAGAAAUGUACGAUCCUGAGAUCUACAGACAUCAAAUUGCAGAAUAUUACAAUCCAUAUGUCCUAGAUGCAGAUAUCCAGGCAGAUCACUGGGACUACCACCCUCACCCUCACGUACACCCUGUAGAGUUUGAAAACCUCCAAGAGGCCAACUUCACAGAGCUGCAGAGUGUGCAGGCUCUCCAUGCGCCCAGCCUCAUACGACACGACGCCAUACGGUACGACGCAGAAAACCUGCUUGAUCCAAAUCUUGGGGCACAUCCACAUGUGUUACAGCAACCAGUAGCCUUCUUCCCUCGGGCUGUGUUUCCACCACAAGUGUCACAGCGCAGCUCUGAUGAUGAGGAGCAUGGAGGACGAAGUCCCCCACUGGAGGUGUCUGAUGAGGAGUGUCUGAGAGAUCGAAUCCCUUAUGUCACACCAGGAGAGCUGGGCAAUAAAAAGAAGAUCCGUUUGUACCAGUUCCUGUUGGACCUUUUAAGGAACGGCGAUAUGAAGGACAGUAUCUGGUGGGUGGACAGAGACAAAGGGACAUUCCAGUUUUCAUCCAAACACAAGGAGGCUCUUGCACACCGCUGGGGAAUCCAGAAGGGAAACCGCAAAAAAAUGACCUAUCAGAAGAUGGCUCGUGCCUUACGCAACUAUGGCAAAACUGGAGAGGUGAAAAAGAUUAAGAAGAAGCUGACGUACCAGUUCAGUGAUGAGGUGCUGGGGAAGAGUCAUCUGGAGAGAAAAUAUAUGUAAGGAUACUGAAAUGUCAAGUGUUGAGGUGUAGUUUCUGGUUUCAGAUGCUUAAUCAAACUUGCUGAUGUGGUUGGUUGCAUUUUGUGAAUAGCACCUAUACUGCUGUACAGUGUGAUAAACAGCUAAUAGUGUACUGUCAAAAUGCAGCAGGGAAAAGAGAGAGGGGAACGUUGCAGUUACACUGUAUGCCUCUUAGACCCUGGGUUACUGUGCUCCCAGUAUGCAUUUCUAAAUGUGUGCGCACACAUGUCAGUGCAUAUUCUAUUUUUGUUUAUUAAAUUUUUGUUUCAUAACAUGUAACUAGUGAGAGUUUAAAUGUUCCAGUUGGCCCAGGUCUUUUUCCUACUGUGUUUAACUCUCCUUGUGAUAGACAGGCUUAAGUUCUCUUGUGGAUAAUCCUAUGUGUACUACUGUAUGUAUAUAUAAUUGCAAUUUCAUAUUUAAAACAGCAAGGAGACACACAGAAGUCAUUAAUAGGAUAGACUAACCUUGGAGGACCAUUAUAAGACCAUUACUAUGAUUACUUACAUUACAAAUGUUUUGUACAAAUACAUAAAACUCUGUAUGUUAUAAUUAAGAAUUGCUUAAUAAAGUAUGUGUAUAGUAA